AUGGCUAUCGACGUCAAGACCAAAAGCGAUGCUCAGGUCUCAUACCAUGAGGACCCUAGCUCAAAUGUGCUGGAGAAGGGUGAUAGCAUUUCAGACAAUUCCGACUUUCAGGAUGAUCCCGAAAGAGCGAAAAGAAUCCUCAGAGCUGUCGAUAUCAGACUAGUACCGGUGCUGACCCUCUUAUAUUUGAUCAGUUUCCUCGACAGGUCAAACAUCGGCAAUGCACGAGUCGCCGGCCUGGACACCGACCUUGGCCUCAACGACAAGCAGUAUAACAUGGCACUGACGAUCUUCUUCUUCCCUUACGCCCUAUUUGAAGUACCCAGCAACAUUGUCCUCAAGCUAUUGACGCCCAGAAAAUGGCUCACGACAAUCACGCUUACUUGGGGCACUGUCCUGACACUGAUGGGCAUUGUCCAGGGAUACAGAGGUCUUCUUGCCGCGCGUUUCUUCCUUGGUGUUGCAGAAGCCGGUUUUUUCCCAGCUGCCACCUAUAUUCUGACAACGUUUUACCCCAAAUACGAGCUGCAGAAGAGAUUGGCGGUGUUCUACAGUUCAGCGGCUCUCGCCGGCGCUUUCAGCGGUCUGCUUGCAUUUGCCUUGCAGAAGAUGGAUGGCAUCGGUGGGCUUGCGGGAUGGCGGUGGAUCUUCAUCAUGGAAGGCAUCGUUACUGUGGUUAUUGGUGCUCUGAUCCCCUUCAUACUCAUCGACAGUCCAGCCACACAGAAGUUUCUCUCGCCAGACGACACCAAAUUUUACCUUCGUCGCCUGGAACACGACAACAAGACUGGGUCCAAGGAUCAAGAUCAAUUCAAAUGGAAGUACGUUACGUCGGCUCUUUUGGACUGGAAGAUCUACCUAUCGACACUCAUUUUCUGGGGCAACUCGGUCGUCAUCUACUCGUUUGUCUUCACUCUGCCGACUGCCAUCAAAGAUAUGGGGUAUACUCGCGAGCAGGCGCAACUACUCACGAUUCCCAUCUAUACCUUUUCUUGCUUGACCAUAUUGGUUGUGGCGUACUAUGCCGACAAGGCAGCACGGAGAUUUGAAUUCAUCUGUUAUCCGUUCAUCCUCUGUGCGGUUUGUUUCAUCGCUCUCAUCGCUGUUCCGAAGACUCACUCGCCUGGUAUCCGCUACGGGUUGCUCUUCGGCGUAGCUGCUGGGUUCUAUGCUCCGCUAUGCGGCAUAGUUGCUUGGAACGCCAACAACCUUGCUGGCUCUUGGAAGCGCAGUGUAGGCAUGGCCCUCCAGAUUACCAUAGGCAACCUAGGAGGUCUCGUUGGAAGCAAUAUCUAUAUGAAGGCCGAGGCGCCAUACUACUGGACUGGCUAUGGGGUGUCAUUGGCAGUUCUCACCAUCGCUAUCAUCUGCUCGGUGGUCAUGCUGUUCGCCCUCAAGCGCAUCAACAAGAAACGAGAAGCCAUGAGCGAGGAGGAAGUACGGGCUAAGUACACUGACGAACAGCUCACUGAGCUCGGCGACAAGAGCCCGCUGUUCAGAUACACCUUGUAA